UCUACUCCAAAGCCUGAGAAACUAGUCUGGUAGCAAAAAUGGCAAUGGCAAUUUCUCUCGUCUUUCCGAGUUCUAUUUUUACUAGUUCUCUUCUUCACCUCAUAUGUCACAACUCAACCACCACCUACUGGCACAAACUUCUCAUGCUCUGAAAAUUCCUCCCCAUGCUCUACAUCGCAUACUUUGGCCAGGAACCAGGAUUUCUGGACCUGGAAAACAUAUCUGAUCUGUUUGGUGUGUGUCCCAUAUCAAUAGCCAGAGCUAGUAACUUGGCUUCUGAGGAUACCCGGUUGUUCCCAGGCCAACUGUUGCUGGUGCCUAUAUCCUGUGGCUGCAGUGGGAACCAAUCUUUGGCCAACAUCACUUAUGAGAUCAAGCAAGGUGACAGCUACUACCUUGUUUCAACCACUGCUUUUGAAUAUCUCACCAAUUUGCAUGUAGUUGAAGACAUGAACCCUGCUCUUAAUCCAGUCCAAUUGGAGAUUGGUGUCAAAAGUGUAAGCGCCAAGUUCAAUGCUUCAUCAACAGACAUCAGAGCUGAAAAUAAUUACCAGAAUUUCGGCUCUCAGGAAGGUAUUCCCAUAAUGAUCCCUGUGUCACAAUUGCCUGUUCUGUCUCAGACUUACCCUUCUAAACAAACCAAAUUCAAACAUCAAGGGAUCCUGAUAGCUGUUGCAAGCACAGUUUGCACGGUGGUGAUUUUUGUUUUAGCAGCUCUGCUGACCCAAACUUACACUCCACAUGUGGAGGUUGGGAAGAGUGGAGGUUUCCAACCAAAGAUCAUCCAGGAUAAGCUACUUCCUGGAGUUUUCAGGUAUUUAGACAAGCCAAUUAUGUACGAGGUAAUAGAAAUUCUGGAUGCAACCAUGAACUUUAGUCAGGAAUAUAGGAUUGGAGGAUCAGUGUACGGAGCCACCAUUAAUGGGAAGAUCUUGGCGAUCAAGAAAACAAAGGAAGAUGUCACAGAGGAGCUGAAGAUUUUACAGAAAGUAAAUCAUGUAAUUCUGCUGAAGUCACUAGGAAUAUCUUCUGAUUCUGAUGGAAACUGCUUCUUGGUCUAUGAAUAUGCAGAAAAGGGGUCACUGAAUAAGUGGUUGUAUCCGAAAUCCUCAUCCUCUUCAAACUCUGGGGCCUUUCUCACUUGGGGUCAGAGAUUAAAUAUAGCGUUGGAUGUGGCAAAUGGACUGCAAUACAUGCAUGAGCACAUUCACCCAAGCAUUGUACACGGGGAUAUCAGAACAAGUAAUAUUCUUCUAGACUCUAGCUUUAAGGCCAAGCUUGCAAAUUUCUUCUUGGCAAUGACAGCUACAAACUCCGUGAUGCCAAAAGCGGAUGUUUUUGCUUUUGGGAUUAUUUUGUUGGAGCUGCUUUCAGGGAAGAAAGUCAUGGAAACCAAAGAAAAUGGUGAGGUUUCGAUGUUGUGGAAGGAGAUAAGGGAAGUCCUGGAGAAGGAAGAGAAGAAAGAGGAGAGGCUAAGGAAAUGGAUAGAUCCAAAUUUGGAGAGGUUGUAUCCUAUUGAUGGUGCUCUAAGCUUGGCAGUCUAGGCUAGGGCCUGCACACAGAAGAAGUCACUUGCUAGGCCAAGCAUGGCAGAAAUUGUCUUUAGCCUCUCUGUUCUCACUCAAUCAUCUCCUAAGACAUUCGAAGGCUCUUGGUCUUCAGGGGGAGAACCAGAAGAACUUGCUCAAAUUAAAAACUCCAUCAUUGCUCAGUGAUUGUUUGUCACUUAGAUCCUAGGAACUCCACAUGUAACAAUCUCCAUGUAUAAUGUUACCCUGAUCCAAUGUACAGGUCCUGCUUGCCUCUCAAUUUUAAUAAACCGGCACAUAUUAU